GACCAAUGUUUUACAAAGGUUAUUACCAUCUCUUUUAUCAGUACAAUCCCAAAGGUUCUGUCUGGGGAAACAUUGUAUGGGCUCACUCUGUUUCAAAGGACUUGAUCAAUUGGAUUGCACUUGAGCCGGCAAUCUUUCCAUCAAAACCAUUUGAUCAAUACGGUUGUUGGUCCGGAUCAGCCACCAUUCUUCCGGGCAAUAAGCCUGUAAUACUAUACACUGGUAUAGUAUCCCCUGAUCCUGAAAAUGCCCAAGUCCAGAACUAUGCAGUUCCUGCUAAUUAUUCGGAUCCUUUUCUUCGUGAAUGGGUGAAACCAGACAACAAUCCUUUGGUUGGUGUCCAUACCGAAAACCCAUCUGCAUUUCGUGAUCCUACUACUGCAUGGUUUGAUGGUGGCCACUGGAAAAUGUUGGUUGGUAGCAGCAGAAAACACAGAGGAAUUGCCUAUUUGUAUCGGAGUAAAGACUUCAAGAAAUGGAAAAGGUCCCCCCAUCCUUUACAUACUAAAGCCGAGACAGGAAUGUGGGAAUGUCCUGAUUUUUACCCCGUGACUCCAAGAAGUGAGGACGGAUUGGAUAAUUCCAAAAUGGGGAGGGGUAUUAAGCAUGUGUUGAAGGUUAGUCUGAAUUCGACUAGAUAUGAGUACUACACAAUUGGAAGAUAUAACCGCGUCAGGGAUUUUUAUGUUCCGGACAACACUUCAGUUGAUGGCUGGGCAGGAUUGAGAUAUGAUUAUGGCAACUUUUAUGCUUCAAAAACUUUCUAUGAUCCAAUUAAAAAGAGAAGGAUCUUGUGGGGUUGGGCUAAUGAGUCAGAUAGUCAGAUUGAUGAUGUUCAAAAGGGCUGGGCUGGAAUUCAGCUAAUUCCAAGAAGAAUUUGGCUGGAUCCAAGCGGAAGACAGUUGGUCCAGUGGCCGAUUGAAGAAGUAGAAGGACUGCGAGGAUCAGAGCUACACAUGAGAAAUCAGAAACUUGAUAUGGGAGUUCAUGUUGAAGUAACAGGAAUUACAGCUGCACAGGCCGAUGUUGAUGUGACGUUUUCAUUCAAGAGCUUGGAGAAAGCGAAGUCAUUUGAUCCUGAAUGGAAAAACUUAGACGCUCAGGAUGUCUGUGACUCAAUGGGAUCAACCAUACAGGGUGGUCUUGGUCCAUUUGGGCUAUUGACAUUGGCUUCGAAAGAUUUAGAAGAAUAUACACCCGUCUUUUUCAGAAUUUUCAAGGCUGAAGAUCAGAAGCUUAAAGUUCUGAUGUGUUCUGAUGCAAAAAGGUCGUCUUUGGCUGAAGGAUUGUACAAGCCAUCGUUUGCAGGAUUCGUCGAUGUCGAUUUGAGUGAUAAAAAAAUUUCUCUCAGAAGUCUGAUUGACAAUUCAGUGGUUGAAAGUUUUGGGGCUCAAGGAAAAACCUGCAUAUCAUCAAGGGUUUAUCCAACACUGGCAAUUUACAACAAUGCUCAUUUAUUUGUUUUCAAUAAUGGAACAGAGCCCAUCACUGUAGAUAGUUUGGAUGCUUGGAGCAUGAAUUCUCCUUCUGAGAUGAACUAAAAUGCACGAAGAUUGAUUUAACAGGAUUUUAAUACUAUUUAGUGAUUAUGGAAUUUUAGUUCAUUUUAUUCCAAAAGAAAUAUUGUUAUAGGUCUUUUUUUCUUGAGUUUUCUAAACAUUCCAGAUAUUUUGAAUUCUUUUUGAUUAAGUUUAAAAAAAAUUAGGAUUUAUCGA